AUGACAACCGUAGUAUCUACAUCUGGAUCCUUCAAUGGCAACUGUGGAGUGAGUCCUUCCUCAGCUCCAACGGAAUACCCAACGCUUGAGUGUAUUAGCGCCUUUAUGAUGCGACUCUCUGCAAAGCUUUCUGCGGCCCACUGCAUCGAGAUAGACCAUGAUCAUCCACGUCUGAUAGCUUCAUAUGACUACACGGGUUGCGAUUACGCCAUGGUCCUCCAUGCCUUGCUUCCAAACAAAUGUGUUGACCUUUCCAGACUGUGCUGGUCGCCACAACCGUUGGCUACACAACUCAUGCAAAAUUUAGAAGAGCUCUGCGAGGCCGUAAAACGUCUGGACACAUUAGACAUGCCUUUGUCUUCGAUAGAGCCACAGCGUCUACUCCCGACUGCAGCUUGCAUAUUACACCACCUUAAAUUGCAACAGUGGCUCUACACUUUAUCGAAGCGCUUCCUACCAGACCCAGCCUUUGACGCUGCCUCGGUUCGAGCGGUACUACGAUUGCAGCAAUUAGGCGAGCCUUACCUACGCCGCAGGAAGUUCCCAAAACAUACAGAACGAGUGAGUGCAGCGUGUACACAGGUUGGUGAGGAUGCCCAGAUUGGGUUAUCACUCCGGGAAACUAGUAUUAAGCCACUUUCAGAUGUUCUUGACUUUAGCAACUUUGAAAACGAUCCAGAGGUACGUUGUCGUUCUGUCGAACAGACUCCAUGUAUCAACGCCACAAUACUUAGGGGAUGCCUAGCACCCUACCUUGCAUCGACUCCACCCUACACCCCGGAAGCAAUUGCCGAUGCGCAAAUGGAGUGUAAUGGCAAGGCUGUGGGUGAUUGCAAUGACCCUUCUUGCUCAACUCCUUCAAACAGUAUGAAUGCUAGCAAUUCACACAUGAAUACUACCACGGUGAAGCCAAAGGCAUGGCUGAACUACAGCAAGCCAUGGCGGCUUCCCGCGGGGAUGGGAGCCAAGGAAAAGCGCGCAAAGGCAGCUGCAGCACGACGUCAAGAGGCUUUGCUUCGAAAUCCUGUAGCUACGGCUUUUGCGCACGGAAGCUCAAACUUGCGUGAGCAGUAUGAAGCGUCAGAGAGAGGUGUUAAAAUGUUGCGAGAUAACUUGGUUGCAGUUCGACGCGAAGUCAUGGAGGAAAUAUUGAGUGGGAAGAAGACGUUUAGUUUUGAGAGGUACGCAGAGAUGCUAACGAAUGCAGCUCUAAGGACAGAAGACAGUUAG